AAAUGAUCGCACGGACCACCGAGGUCAACGCCGUGCGCCGCGCCUUGAGCGUCGUCGCCGGCGUCAUCAUCUACGCGUCCUUGGGCUCGUCGUACUCGAUAUCUGCUUGGAACGGGCAGCUCAAGGAGACGCUCAACAUGACGCAAACCGAGAUUGCCUUUGUGAGCUCGUGCUAUAGCUUUGGCAUGUACAAUACGAUCUGGGCGGGCUUUUUCCACGACCGGUUCGGUACGCGCCUCUCGAUGCUUGUCGCGCUGGCCUUGCUCACGCUCUGCUACGCGCUCGCUUCCUACCUCGCGGCGCGGCCGCACUUGCCCAAGUGGUACAUUGCGCUCUGCUUUGGCGGCGUCGGCCAGGCCGGCGGCUUUGCCAUUGUCGCCGGCCUUGCAGCCAACGAAGGCAUCUACGGCAACCACCAUCGCGGCGCGAUCGUUGGGCUCCUCCUCGCUGCAUAUAGCGCGGGCGGUGCCAUCUUUGCGCUCAUCUAUCAUAGCGGAUACGACCACAACGUGCCAGGGUUCUUUGGCUUUAUGAGCCUCGAGCACGGCCUCAUGGGCCUUCUUGGGCUCGUGCUGCUCGUGCCGCCCCCGCGCCGCACGCCGCCCAAGGACGAAUCAAUGCCGCUUCUUCUCCCCGAGGCAAGUACGACAAGUGACAUAACGCUGCUGGCGCUGCUGCAGGACGCGCGGUUCUGGCUCCUCUUCGCGCCCGUCAUGAUUGGCGUCGGGUCGGCGCUCUUUGUGCUCAACAACAUUGCGUUCAUCUUGCAGAGCGACGGCGCGUCAAUUGACCUCGUGCCAAUGUACGUCUCGAUCUUCUCGAUCUGCAACAUGGCCGGGCGCCUCAGUAUGGGCGUCCUCUCGGACAAGUUUGGCGCGUCCCACUCGCGUGCGUGGUUCCUCUCGCUGGGUGUCCUCGCCAUGGCGGUCACCCAAGUGCUCUUUGUGGUCGUGCCAACGCGCUUUUUCGUCGUCCCGAUCGUCGCGGCGGGGCUCGCGGAAGGCUGCAUCUUUGCCAUGUUUCCCGUCGUGACGCGCGAACUCUUUGGUCCAUCGCACAUUGGGAAAAACUUUGGCUUGAUCAGUCUCGCCAACGCAGUCGGUUUCCCCCUCCUCUUGGGGCCCCUUGCCUCUCUCUUGUACAAGUGGGCCGCGCAUGGCGACGCGACGUGCCUCGGCGCCUCCUGCUUCACGCCGAUGUUUGGCGUUAGCUUUGUGCUCUGCCUUCUUGCGCUCGCCGCGUCUAUUCGGCUCCAGGCCUUCAUGCAUGUAUUGAGCCCGCGACCGUAGUCGAAUUAUGGCACCACAAAAGUGCUGCAAAGAAGAGACAAUAUUCUCCAUAAAAACUUGGAGUUGAGUUACAUUCGAGA